UGGUCAUUGAAUAAAUAGCUGGAAGAAUAAGAAGCUUGCAAAGUAAGAAGCAUACCAACAUUGCCGGUAUUUCUUUAGGAAAUCCAAUGGCUAUACACAGGCUGCUAGUUUUCACAAUCCUGUUCUGGAGUCAUUGCAGUGUUCGUGCACUGUUUACUGUCCACGUUGUGAAAAGUAACUACAUAGCCGAGUAUGGAAAUGAAGUCAGGAUGGAGUGCCAUUUUCAAGUAGAAGAUGUAAAUAAAAUGAACGAGAUCACCGUUUACUGGGAGCACAUUGGGGUAGAUAGAAAAAAAUCUGAAGUGGCCAAGUUUCUUAAUGGCAGUGAGGAUUUUUCAGGACAGCAUGAAGACUUCAAGGGACGCGUGAAGAUGUUAGUGGAUGAAUUACCCAAAGGACACACAGUUAUCGUGAUCAGCAAUAUAUUGCCGAGAGAUUCAGGGCAGUACCGCUGCAUAGUAGCUACUCAAGGUGCUGACUAUAAAACCAUGGAUCUGGAUGUAAAAGCUCCAUACAACAAAAUAUACACAGAAGUCACCAAUAUUCUUACUGCCUCUGGGCAAAGAAUGAAAGAGAUCUCAUGUCGGUCAGUGGGGUUUCCGAACGCAGAGGUCAUGUGGCUAAAUGAAAGAGAAAAUCUGAGUGCAGUGGUAAAUACCAGUUUUUCGAGGACUGCGGAUCUGUUGUUCAAUGUUACAAGUGCCAUCAGGAUCUCCUCUGUUGUUAAUAAAACAUUCACAUGCCGCUUCUUGAAUGUAGCUUUUCAAGAUACAACAUCAUUAACGUUCACAAUACCAGAUGAUAGCAUCUCUACUGAUACAAGAAGCUAUAGCGCCAUCAUUAUUUUUGCUAUUUGCAUUUUAAUGCUCCUCAUAAUAUUAUUUUUUAUUACAUAUUGUAAGAAAACAUAUUGGAAUAAAAAAGCAGCUGAGCCUCUCCAAGCAAACACUGAGAAAGCAGUAUCAGAUGACAGCCAUAAUGGGUGGAAAAGAUAUGUGUUAUGUUGCAAUAGACAAAAAACUGUUCAUAAUGAAGAUACAUCAUUUAUAUGAAUAGGAUCCAAAAUAUGAAAA